AUGAAUCGUAAAAAAUCACGUUCACCAUUUGAUCGCGCAGAAUCAUCACAAGAGCAAUCUACUUGGCCUAUGCAGUGGUCUAAUCCUCUAAAUUUCUGCUCAUUUCAACCACUACCACCACUUCCCUAUCGACCACAACAUUUUGGACAAACAGUUUUUCCAUUCGGCAUUGGAUGUUAUCCAUUGAAUCCAGCUCUUCUUUAUGCCAAGUCUUCAUUUUCACGAAUGCCCGAAAGUAUAAUUCCACCGCUGACAACGUAUCCAUGUGACACGCAAUCAGCCAACACAUUUCCUUGCAGUUCUUUCAGAUCACUGCCACCAGUCCAAGCAAAUCCUUUAGACUGUCGACGACAUAUAAAAACUUCCAACACUAACGAUGAAUUUAUCAAUGAAUGA